AUGCUGGCUGAACCUACUUCUCCUCCACUUCCACCACGACCUCAUUUGGGAUCUCCCCCAGAGCACAGAAACACCUCCAACAGUCAACAAGAAAAAGAAGUUCCACCAGUUCCGCACCUGGACAACAAGAACCUUGAGAAUGCAAGCAUUCGAAUCCAAGCUGAUGAUUCGUUGUCAUUUAUAUCAGCCGUUAGACAACUGGAGAUUUUCAAUCUGCCAGGGAUGAAUGAAACUUUUACUGGGCUAGUCAAUGAUUCCUCAUUUCAUCAGCAUUUAGUGAUACCCGACUUGGAUGAAACUUUGAAUGACCAGGAUUCAGUUCAAUUUUGGAACGAAAUUAUUUGGGACUACAGCAACCAAUGGAUUAGACGACGCGAAGUUGACAAGUUGGAGACAGAAAUAUUGAAGGGGAUUCCCUCGGAUUAUAGAUCCAUAGUAUAUUUGAAAACGCUACAAGUGAGAUACAAAUGGAACCAGGAUGUGUCAUUUGCGGAGUUGCUCAAACGAAGCAGUAAAUUCAACAAUGGUAUCCUGAAGCACAGCGACAAGCAGGAGGUAGUUGAGCUAGUGCUGGUAAUCCUCCUCCUCGUGGAAGAACCGGAACUAAAUGCUCGCAGUGCAAACGUUGCCACGCUCGAAAGGUAUUUGGUGAGUCUUGCAGAGUUAUUGACAACAAUUCCUGGACUUUCGGAGGAGAGAAGGUUGUUUGUUUUGAUCAAGCUUUAUAAGCUUUAUUCAUUGGUCAAACUGGAAGAGUUUAUCUACAAGAUCAAUCGAUCAUUGGAGGAUAAACUGGAAAGUUUCAAGCAUGUAGCAAGUCAAGGUAUUAACUUGUCGGGUUAUUACAAGAGACUUAUUCCAGAGUUAUUUUUCGGAAAGUUUGAUCUAGAGGUUAGUUUGAAGAUUUUAGAUUUGUUUGUGUUUGAAGGAUUUGACUUUUUAUUGCGAUUGAUAUCAUGGGCUUUCCUUCAAAGUGAUGCAAAGCUUGCACCUUUAUCUGGAGACGACCUACUAACCUUUCUUGAAUCGAAAGAUUUUUUUUCGGAUUUCAAUUUGGACCUUCAAAAAGUGUUGCAAUUACAACCUCCAUUGAUAACCUAUGAAAAUGAAUACUAUUUAAUGGAAGCAAACUCCCUCAGUAAUAACAAGAAUGAAUUGAGAAACUUGUCUGAAGUUCAUGAUGACUUGUUGUUGAAAAUCAACAACAUGAAAGUCCAAAUUGAACAACUUCAAUCAACCCAUACUGAAAUUUCACAACAAAGUGAAGAGUACAAUAUUGACUUGACCGAAGCUGAAGUCAAACGCAAAGCGUUGCUUGAAGAGAAGGAGCGUUUACAGAAAAGGUAUGAGCAUCUCACAAUGAAAGAAAAUUUGGCCAACACUAUCAAGGCUAAUGAAGAGUUUUCGCAAAGAAAUGUGGAGCUACAGCAACAACUAGAAGCUUUGAAAAAGUCGAUCGAGGAAAAGAAGCAUAAGAUAGCAAAGGCAAUGGUAAAUAAUCAGUAA